CCCCUCCCACAUACAGCUGAUGUCUCUCCUCCCACUGAUGAUGGCCUGUCCUAAACACAAGAGAAAAACAAAUGUCACUUACAAAGGGACGUAAAUAUUAGCGUGUGCACUCUGUUAGCGACGACUGAUCUGUUCAUAUUUCCGCUGGCCGUUCAACCCUAGACGAAGAUGGUUUCUCCUGUCACCGUGGUCAAGAGUGAGGGUCCAAAGCUUGUUCCGUUCUUCAAAGCUACUUGUGUCUACUUUGUUCUAUGGCUGCCCACCUCGAGUCCCUCCUGGUUCAGUGCCCUCAUCAAGUGUCUCCCCAUCUUCUGCCUUUGGGUUUUCCUGCUAGCUCAUGGCAUCAACUUUUUAGGUGCCCACUCCAGUGCCAGGAAAAUCCUGGCAGGACUUAUUUUUUCAGCUUUGGGUGACGCAUUUCUCAUCUGGCAAGAACAAGGCUACUUCAGUCACGGAUUGCUUAUGUUCGCCAUCACCCACAUUCUCUACUCUUCAGCCUUCGGGAUGAAGCCUCUCAACUCGAGAGCAGGUCUGAUCAUUGCUGUCAUCUCAGGUUUCAGCUAUACCCUCCUUUACCCCUACCUCUCUGGUCCGUUUACCUACUUGGUGGCUGUUUACAUUGCCCUAAUCGGCUUCAUGGGCUGGAGGGCAAUUGCUGGAGUUCAGUUCGCAAAUGACCUCUGGACCUGGACAAAACUGUCAGCCUGCCUGGGUGCCGUCCUCUUCAUGGUCUCCGACCUCACCAUUGCUGUCAACAAGUUCUGCUUUCCAGUUCCACACUCUAGAGCCAUCAUAAUGGCAACCUACUAUGCGGCACAGAUGUUGAUCGCACUUUCAGCAGUGGAAUGCCAAGAUGCUGAUACAUCUUGGAAAAGUGCCUGAGGAGCCACACAUUAAUCAACCUUCCCCUAGUGACUCAGCAUUAUUAAAAGCUGCACAGGUUCAAGUAUCACUUCCUGAAUCCCCUAGUCCCUCCACAAUCCCCCCUGUCUAAACAAGUCUGGAACAUAUAGGUUACUAUUGACCAGUUAUUGUAGACCGAUGCGGGAAUUUAUGCUGGAUUCAUGUACAGGCUUGCAUAGUCUUGAUCUUCAGCUUCAUGACUUAGGUAUUCUCCAUAAUUCUGUGUUGAAAUACUGCCUUUGGUCCUUUCAUUCCUGUAGUGGUUGUAGUACUAUCAUUUUUGGUAUCUUAAAAGAAGAGACUUUUUUAAUACUAGAUCCAAAAUACUCAGUUUUUAUGCAACUCACUUUACUUCCGGACUGAAUAGGUUUUUCAUUACAACUCAAACCAUCUGUCCACUGCAGAUAGUUCUUUAUGGCUUGUACUGUGAACAAUGAAAUUCUUGAGUGACUAGUGUUUAUCAGGCCCACAGAAUGGGCCGUCAAAUAAUUCAAGUGUAUAGGGAGCUGGUUUCUUGUCAUUUCAUACUAAAUAUAUUAGCAUAGUGGGUUGCUAUACC